AUGAUGGCACUGCAUGGUGAACUAUUUGAGGCAAGAAAUAAAAAUAAAACAAAAGUUGAUUCAAAAGAAAAUAAUACUAUUGGACGUUUAGGAAAACCAAUAAUUACUAAUAGUAUUUUUAUUACUCUUCUUAUUAUUAUUAUUAUUAUUAUUAUUAUUAUUAUUAUUAUAUUAUUAUUAUUAUUAUUAUUAUUAUUAUUAUUAUUAUAUUAUUAUUAUUAUUAUUAUUAUUAUUAUUAUUAUUAUCAUUAUUACUAUUAUUCAUUACUAUUACUAUCAUUAUUAAUUCUUUUUAGAAAGAUAUUUGCUUGCAAUUUGAUGAUAACAAUCUUGAUUAUGAGUCUGAAUUUGUCUAACAACGAUGAAAAAAGUUGCUGCACUCCUUUGUGCAUAAAGCGCAAAAAGGAUGCAGCGGUAUGCAGUUGGUAUUAUGCUCCAACCGGGACAACCGGCAUUCUGGAUACUGUUGACGGUCAACUGUACCAGUUUAAAAAUCCCAAAUAUUUUACAUUUGCUGACGAUCAGUUGUCAGGAGGUACAGGGACUACGGGAACUGCAGCAACAGCACUUUAUUCACCCUUAUCUGAUGAAACUGUGGUAUCCAGUGAACAACAACGGGGCUAUAAGGACCGAAAGGCGAAACAUAUCUGCAUUGUAAUGCAGAAACCACGACACUCAAAACAACUCUACAAACAUCGACAAGGUAAGCAAAAAACUUAGUU